CGCGUCUCAGUAAGAGGAAAUCACACCCUUCUUGCAUUGAAUGACGCCAACUGUGCGCAUCCGAACCCUAUUUAAUCUGCCUCAGCGCGUGGCAUCUCUUCAGCACUCAACCAGAUUCUCUCGCGUCAAUUGGACUUCGACCAGCUCCUACCAACUCAAGAAACAAUUCGCAAAAAUGGCUUCGCAGAAUGCUCGUCCCAUUCUUGUCGUUGCCGGUGUCGGCAAUGGAUCAGGAACUGGAGCUUCUACUGCGAGGGUCUUCGCUAAGGAAGGCUAUCGUGUCGCUCUAAUUGCCAGAAACGCAGAUCACUUGAAAAAGACCGCAGACGAGAUCAACGCGGCUGGAGGAGUGGCUGCACCAUUUCCGGUGGCGACAUACGAUGCUGCAUCAUUGACUUCAGCUUUCAACUCUAUCAAAGGCCAGUGGCCCGACUCGCGCUUGCGCGUUGCAGUGUGGAAUGCUGGAUACGGCAUCUGGAAGCCGUUCCUGCAGAUCACCGACGAAGAAGUCGCGGAGGCUCUUAAUACUAACGUUCGUGCAGCUUUCGCGUUCUCGCGCCUUGCUAUUACUGCGUUCAAGGAGAACGAUCUAAACGAUGUUGGUAAGCGAGGCGCGUUGAUUUUCACAGGAGCGACUGCCGCGUGGAGAGGCAAUACGACGACUAGUGCCUUUGCGGCAGGCAAGUUCGGAUUGCGUGCUUUGUCGCAGAGCUUGAACAAGGAAUUUGGGAAGGAUAACAUUCAUGUCUCCCAUUCCAUUAUUGACGGAGUUAUCUUGACUGAUCGUGUGCGCAGUUACCGUAACGACAAAGACUGGGAGAAUGAGGACAUACGUCUUAACCCAGACAGUAUAGCAAAGUCAUACCUGUAUCUUGUGAAUCAAGACCGCACUGCCUGGACUUGGGAGCUUGACCUCCGCCCGGCUCACGAGAAAUGGUGAUGAUUUGCUUUGAAUAUCUGUGUUAGGCGACGUGUGUCUGGAGAAUGAAAUCAUGUAAAGUAUACGCACCUAGCUAUUAAAGAAAUGAAUCAGAUUAGUUGUUGUUCAUAUUCGUUUCUCCCUGA